AGCUAUUGAUAUCUUGUUUAUUUAGAUUGCUUUCACAAAAGUAUCGAUACUUAAUAUCAUAUUCUGAUCCGAUCAUAAGCUGCAUUUUAGUAUUUUAUUUCAUGGAUCUGUGGUAACAGGAUUAUUAUUUCCAUCUUUUGGCAAUACCAACUAGCAAGCUGGAUCACCAAUACACAAAAUCGUAUGAUGAAAUGAAUGAUGUGGAUAUUGAUGUUGAAAGUGAGGAUGAAGAUCGUGAAAGUCCAGCUAUGGGAACUUCCAACAAAAGAGCUCAUCAUAAUGCUUUAGAAAGAAAAAGAAGAGAUCAUAUAAAAGAAAGUUUUAAUGGACUUCGUGAUUCUGUACCAUCAUUAGAGGGUGAAAAGUCAUCAAGAGCACAAAUUUUAAAUAAAGCCACAGACUAUAUUCAACUCAUGAAAAGGAAAAAUGUAACUCAUCAACAAGAUAUAGAUGAUUUAAAGCGGCAAAACAGGCUAUUAGAGCAACAAAUCCGAGAACUUGAAAAUUCAAGUAGACAAUUUGAACAAAAUGGAGACACAAGUGAAUUAGAUUCUGAUGAAAGUGCUCAACAACAAUCAUCAUGAACUUGCCUCAACGCCCAUUAUAAUAAACUGUGAGGUGCAUUCUAUCCUGAUUUCUGUUCUUCUCUUCCAUUGCACAUUUACUUUCUAAGUUCAGCUCAAAUAGUUGCUGACCUGUACAUCCUUUUGUACCGCUUCGCUUCAUUGAAUUCUAGCAUACAAUCCCGUAUUUUUUGAUCUUUUAUGUAUUUAUAUUAAUAAAUUUGAUGUAUUAUUAUAA